UAUAAACUGACAGAUGCGCGCGCGCGCCUUCUACUCAUUCAUUCAAACCAGGACCAGGAACAGGACCAGGACCAGGACCACGUCCACAUUACAACCCUGCUUUGACCCUCAGGAACGUGACAGACAUCAGGAUGUCAGAAGAGAAGAGACAGACUCCUCCUGCAGACCGCGGUCACGUCGUCGGCCUGAUCAUCUUCAUCCUCGGAGUGGGGACUCUGCUGCCCUGGAACUUCUUCAUGACGGCCUCUCAGUAUUUCAACGGACGCCUGGAAGCACCGAACACCACCUCCAACGCCACCCCCAACACCUCCACGCCUAAAGACUAUAACUAUGACAGCUGGAUGGCCUUGCUUUCCCAGCUGCCCCUGCUGAUGUUCACCCUGCUCAACUCCUUCCUCUACCAGAGGGUGAAGGAGCGUUUCCGUGUGGCCUUCAGCCUCGUCGUCAUCUUCCUCCUCUUCUCCCUCACCGCCGCCCUGGUCCAGGUCCCGAUGGAGCCGGACACCUUCUUCUCUGUCACGAUGGCCACCAUCUGGUUCAUCAACAUGUGUAGUGCAGUGCUACAGGGCAGUCUGUUCGGCGUGGUCGGUCUGUUUCCUCCUCGGUACAGCACCCUGUUCAUGAGCGGUCAGGGUCUGGCAGGGAUCUUCGCUGCGAUCGCCAUGCUCCUCUCCAUCUUAAGUAACGCAGAUAAAAGCUCGGCCGCGUUGGGAUACUUCAUCACGCCCUGUGUGGCCACUCUGGGGACUCUGAUGUGUUACCUGCUGCUGCCACAACUGGAAUUUGCUCGUUUUUACUUGAACGGUGGUCAGACUGAUGAACUGGAGACGACGCAGAAUCUCCUCAACACUACAGAAAAGAAACCGUUAAACGACAACCCCAAAGAGCUCGAGGCUAACGGACAGGUCCGGUUUGAACCGGAGGAGAGUCAGGAGCGUCUGUCCGUCUUUGCUGUCUUCAAAAAGAUCUGGCUGAUGGCGCUGUGUGUGACGUGUGUGUUCGCCGUCACUCUGUCAGUGUUUCCUGUGAUCACAGUCCGAGUCCAGACCGUCUACACGGAGAGCGAAGCCUGGAAGAAAAUCUUCACCUGCGUUUGCUGCUUCAUCGUUUUCAACACCAUGGACCUGGUCGGCCGCAGCGCCCCGUCCCUCGUGCAGUGGCCUUCGAAGGACAGCGUUCUGUUCCCUGCUGCCGUGCUGUCUCGUCUCGUCUUCAUCCCUCUGCUCAUGCUGUGUAACGUCCAAAACUCCAAACUCCCCGUCUUCUUCAGUCACGACUUCGCCUUCGUGGUUAUCAUGGCUCUGUUCUCCUUCUCUAACGGAUACUUGGCGAGCCUCUGCAUGGCCUACGCUCCACAGUUUGUGCGCUGUAAAGACUGUGAGACGGCCGGCUCCCUGAUGACCUUCUUCCUGGUCCUGGGUCUGGCAGUGGGAGCCUCGUUCUCCUUCUUACUGGGGACACUGGGGACACGGGUUUAGAUGACUGGAAUGAGGAGUGAGACUGUGUUUUUGAUGAGUGAAUGACUGAUCUGAGUGGAUGAAGGAUUAUAUGAGUAAAAAUACACACCUCUAAAAACAAGUUUACAACCCAAACAGCAGACCAGACACAACAAGAAAACAACAACAACGAUUCAAAGGAAUCCAAAUGUAAAAAUAGAUAUAGUGAUCAUCAAUCAAUCCAAAAAGACAAGUAAUAUUUAGGGUUAAGGACACAUUAAGGAUGAAACAGUUAUGAGAUUUUGUUGAUAGAGCUGUCCAGAAAAAAGUUUUUUUUUUAACUUUUAAAGUUGUAAAUUUAUGGAAAAAAUACAGGAA